AUGUCGAAGACGGGAGUUCUGCCGCUGUCAGGAGCCGCGAAGCGGAGGAACCAGAGCUGGGGUUCCUGGAGGAGUGUGACCCAAUUGGCUGUGGAUCAACAUCCGGAGUCCCUAACCAGUUGGAAUUUUCACCCCACCCAACCAGAUUCACCAGAUUCUGCCAGCACUGCUCAGCAGCUGUCAGGGGUUCGACAGUUGUCAGCAGGGACUGUCUUCCAAGAGACGCUCCAUGGGCUCCCCAGUCGAGAUCAGGAGGCCAGGCGCCAACACGCCCGCGUGGCGCCCGCGUGGCGCCCGCGUGGCGCCCGCGGCCUGCUGUUUGCGGGCACCUCCAACCUGGUGGCGGUGCGAUGGCUCAUGGUCUUGGGGGCAAAUGCCAAGGCACGCGACAAGAAUGGCACCACUAUGCUUCACGCAGCCUGCCGAAGUGGAAGCUUCCUCAUGGUGCAGGAGUUGCUGAAGAGGGACCUCCCGGUGGAUGCCGCCGAUGCCGCCGGCUGGACGCCCCUUCAUGUGGCGGCGAUGAUGGGGCGCCGAGAGCUUUCGCUCUUGCUCCUGCAGGCUCAGGGCAACCCGCACGCGCACAACAAGCGCGGGGCUUCGCCCCUGGAGAUUUGCUCCGACCUCUCCACUCGGGAAGCUGCUUGGAUGUGCAAUCUGCUGCGGGUGUGGGGGACGAUCCCAAAACCACGGAGGGCUUGGAGAUGGUUCCGAGACCGUGAGGUGGUUGUGAAGAAGGGGCCAUUGAAGAGCCAAGUGGGGGCGAGACCUGGAACAGGUGUUUCAUGUAGAGGGAAACCAAGUAUGGACUAG